ACAUUUUGUUCUCAAGGUAAGCAUCUAUUUUUGUAUUGCGCUCGUACUGAUAUUUGUUGUCAACUGUCCAAUAGCUAAACUUGACCGUCCAGUAGCCGAGUUCGGAUCUCUAAUAUUUGGUCUACAUUUUAGGAACUAGCAAUAUGCCGAAAUUAAGGCAAUACGACAAGUCGAAACUUAAAUACGCUCUCAGAGACAUACAAAACGGCACAGAAUCUUACCGAACAGCCGAAAAACAGUACAGAAUUCCGAAAUUCAGUUCAGAAUUUAAACUGAAACAUCCCGGUUAUAAAGAAACCUUGGGUCCAUCGCCAAUUUUAACAAGCGAAGAAGAGGCUUUGUUAGUUAGCUGGAUAAGAGAUAAUGCUGCAAAGGGUUUUCCAAGAAAGGCCAACGAUUUGACGAAUAGCGUACAAAGAUUUUUGACUGUUAAUCCGCGUCCACACAAAUUCAAUAAUAAUUGA